AUGGUAUCGAUUUGUAAUCCCGAUAUUGAUUCGCCGCUCAAUAACACCAGUGGCUCUGCGAUUGGGGGCCGAGAUAUCAAUAAUCCGGACAUAGUAUUGGUUCACUAUCUGAACGUACCGUAUAAUGACGACAAUAAGGUGAUUAGUCCGGCACUCAAUUACUUCGCCGACAACAAGAAAGAGUGGACUAAAGACGAGCUCAUCUGUGAGCUGAAGCCCAUGUUCUUCAGUGAGAACGAGCCCGACCUCAACAACGAGUUGGAGAAGAGCACAGUCGAGACCAUUGAGGCCAUUGUCGGCCAACUGAUGGUCAAACAGAGGGCUAAAGUGAAAGCUCUGGAGGACUCGUCCGAUGGCGGCAUUAAUGCCAAGGCGUUGACAGUCGUGAACGCCAUCACCAAUAGUACGCGUGACGUGAAUAAUAAGCAAAAUAUGAAAUCAAAUAAUAAGUGCAAACAACAGCCGUCGGCCGCACUGAUCACCAAACGGGACGUCUCGACCGGUAUUAUGACUGCACAGCAACACAAUAGCAAUAAUACCGAUAAUAACUCGUCGAAACAGUUAACAACUCAGCUUAUUGUCUAUUCAAUGGGUUUAUACAGUGUUUUUGGUGUUGAAUACAUAAUAGUGUAG